AUGAGUCAUCCCGCAGAUGUGGAGGCGUGGAAAUCUUUUGAUCGCUUAUAUCCUGAGUUUGAUGUGGAGACACAUAACAUCCUACCAGGCUUAUGCUCUGAUGGCUUCACACAGUAUGGUCAGAUUGCAUCGCCCUACUCUUAUUAUUCGGUGAUUGUUACACCAUACAAUCUACCACCUGUGAUGUGCAUGACAACCCUUUUCUUCUUCCUGACAAUGAUUAUACCUGGUCCCACCCCUCUCUUCCCCGCUCUCCCUGUUUGCGUACAAAGCUCUCUGAAAGAAACCUUUGCGUUUGAAUUCGGCCACGAUCUCCUCGUAAAUCCUUCAUUUUUUCGGAAACUCAGGAAUCCGACCCAUACAGAGAAGAAGCGUCGCUCCGCUAUCCUGGCCAAGGGCCCGUCAAGGAAGAAGCGACCAGCUACAGUUGCCUUUGAUGAGAGCCAAUCAAGGAGGAAAUGCCCAGUUACUGUUGCCAAGGGCCCGUCAAGGAAGAAGCGACCAGCUACAGUUGCCUUUGAUGAGAGCCAAUCAAGGAGGAAAUGCCCAGUUACUGUUGCCAAGGGCCCGUCAAGGAAGAAGCGACCAGCUACAGUUGCCUUUGAUGAGAGCCAAUCAAGGAGGAAAUGCCCAGUUACUGUUGCCAAGGGCCCGUCAAGGAAGAAGCGACCAGCUACAGUUGCCUUUGAUGAGAGCCAAUCAAGGAGGAAAUGCCCAGUUACUGUUGCCAAGGGCCCGUCAAGGAAGAAGCGACCAGCUACAGUUGCCUUUGAUGAGAGCCAAUCAAGGAGGAAAUGCCCAGUUACUGUUGCCAAGGGCCCGUCAAGGAAGAAGCGACCAGCUACAGUUGCCUUUGAUGAGAGCCAAUCAAGGAGGAAAUGCCCAGUUACUGUUGCCAAGGGCCCGUCAAGGAAGAAGCGACCAGCUACAGUUGCCUUUGAUGAGAGCCAAUCAAGGAGGAAAUGCCCAGUUACUGUUGCCAAGGGCCCGUCAAGGAAGAAGCGACCAGCUACAGUUGCCUUUGAUGAGAGCCAAUCAAGGAGGAAAUGCCCAGUUACUGUUGCCAAGGGCCCGUCAAGGAAGAAGCGACCAGCUACAGUUGCCUUUGAUGAGAGCCAAUCAAGGAGGAAAUGCCCAGUUACUGUUGCCAAGGGCCCGUCAAGGAAGAAGCGACCAGCUACAGUUGCCUUUGAUGAGAGCCAAUCAAGGAGGAAAUGCCCAGUUACUGUUGCCAAGGGCCCGUCAAGGAAGAAGCGACCAGCUACAGUUGCCUUUGAUGAGAGCCAAUCAAGGAGGAAAUGCCCAGUUACUGUUGCCAAGGGCCCGUCAAGGAAGAAGCGACCAGCUACAGUUGCCUUUGAUGAGAGCCAAUCAAGGAGGAAAUGCCCAGUUACUGUUGCCAAGGGCCCGUCAAGGAAGAAGCGACCAGCUACAGUUGCCUUUGAUGAGAGCCAAUCAAGGAGGAAAUGCCCAGUUACUGUUGCCAAGGGCCCGUCAAGGAAGAAGCGACCAGCUACAGUUGCCUUUGAUGAGAGCCAAUCAAGGAGGAAAUGCCCAGUUACUGUUGCCAAGGGCCCGUCAAGGAAGAAGCGACCAGCUACAGUUGCCUUUGAUGAGAGCCAAUCAAGGAGGAAACAACCAGUUACAGUUGUCAAUGAUGAGAGCUUGGAAACUGAUACUUCUCAAUCAGGACUUGUGGAGGAAACAGUAACAAAGUUGCCCCUUAGUAUCCAAAAUUUGAAUACUCAACUUUCUUUAGGAAGGACAAUCAUUGAUAGCAAUUUGUAUGCAAAUGAAAAUUGCUUUCCAAAGAUGAACAUGGGAUUGAAGCCUAAUCCUUUUGAUUGGAAAUCAGCUCCAGCUCCAGCUCCAUCCAAGGGACUAAAAAUAAAAUGCCCUGUGUGUUUGGAAUUCUUAAUUGUGCCGUCAUCGACGAUCUGUGGACAUUUGUUCUGUCUUAGCUGCAUUGCUACUGCUAUCUCAAAGCAGAAGAUGUGUCCCGUAUGCCAGAAGAAGCUCACGAAGAGGAAUUUUCACAGGAUCUAUAUCUAAUAAAAUCGAGGGUCUUUUUUUUUGCAAUUUAUCAGCUCUGUAUAAGCUUUCCUUCAGCUUCUGGAAAAGAAAAUCACGAUGAAAGCAUAACUUCAAGGGCUGCACGGGCGAUUUGAAGAUUUUCUUGCACUGUUGUUGCUGGAAAGUGUUAUAAACAUUGCCUCCGGCUUCGCUUUAUUAGCCAAUGACACAUUCUAACAACCUUUUUUUAGUUGUCUGUAAGGAGGUAUAAUUUUGUUCUUUAUUCUGUUAUAAUUUUUUGCUCUUUUGUUGAAGAAAAUUGUGUCAAGUGAAUUGAAGAUUGAUGGAAAUUAGCAUGACAUUUCUUUCUUUGCUCCAGAGAAAUCUGCUACGCUUUUCAUCGUCUCGCU